AUGUAUAUGCUUUUGAUUCUAUUCGUUUUUUUUCGAUUAAUUCAUUGUCAAUGCAAUUAUCCUAGUAAAUGGUUUAAUGAAAAUCAUCCAUGGGAUAUAAAUUCAAAAGGAAAUGAUAUCGAACGUUUUGCACUUAUUCAAGCUAAGUAUCCAUCUAUAUUUGAUAUUAAUCCAUGGACAGGUUUAUUUGAAAUACGAAAUGCAUCUUAUCAACAAACAAUCGAUAACACGAUGUUAAUUGAAAAUUAUACAAAAAUUAGUGAUGGAUUUAUAUGUCAUGCAAUACAGGGAAAACAAUGUAUUGAUUAUGAAAUUCGUUUUUGUUUGGAAUAUAAUCCAUGUAGUGUUUCAACAUAUUCUCCUAAUGAAAAUCAUAUUAUUGAUGGUAGUGAAGCUCGUGUACAUUCUUUACCAUGGCAUGUUUCAAUUCAAUACAAUGAACAACAUAUAUGUUCUGGAACUUUAAUUGAUAAUCAACAUAUUUUAACAACAGCUCAUUGUUUUCAACAAAGUUUUAUUCCUAUACCAUAUUCAGUUGUACUUGGAGCACAUUAUUUAUCAAAUUCAACUUAUCGUAUUCCAAUUGAUCGUUUUAUUUUUCAUUCAGAUUACAAUGGUCAUACAUCAGAAAAUAAUAUCGGUUUAAUAAAACUUAGUGAACGUAUUGAUUCAUUUUCUAAUCAAAUUACACCAGCUUGUUUAGCACGAUCAACUAAACAAUCAGAUAAAUCAAAUCCAUUAAUCGUUGCUGGUUGGCGUACUAUAAAAAAUAAUACAUGGUCUGUUUCAGAGACGGAUGAACUUCGACAAACAGUAUUAACUGUAAUGGAUCAAUGUUCUGAUGUUUAUAAAAAUAAAAAAUAUGAUUUAAAAAAAGAAAUUUGUGCUGGUACAAAAUAUUCUAAAAGGGAUUUAUGUCAAGGUGAUGAUGGAAGUGGACUUUUUGAAAAACAAAAUCAUGAUAUAGAUCGAUGGAUUCUAGUUGGAAUUAUGAAUUAUGGAUGUGACUGUGCACAGCAAGGUUAUCCAGGUGUUUACAUUCGUAUCAGUGCAUAUUAUGAUUGGAUUCAAAAUACUAUUCAUCAAAUAAAUCAAUAA